AUGACUGUUACAACUACGAUCCGAGCUGUACAAAUGUGGAAAGCAGAAUCUGCAGCUCUUAACCAUGAUCGAUUAAAUAUUCCAUCUGAUGCUCAAUACACUCAAAUCGAUGAAAGUCCACAUUCAGAUUCAGAAUCAGAGACAUUUGACAGACCUAAAAAUUCAACACCACAACCUGGAAAUAAUGUUUUAGAAACAUCUCUUCUCGAUGAAGAUCAAUUAGAAAAAAUUGAACAAGAAAAAAUCGAACAAGAAGAAAAGCAACGAUAUGCCAGAAAACUCACUAACGAAGAAAAAGGAACUCCUUUCAUGAAACUUUUUAUACUCGUUUUGUGCUGGAUUAUUGUGUUUGCUUUGACUAUUAUGAGAGGUGGACAUGGAGCUCCAAGUGUUUUACAAAUUCCAUAUUGUUCUCCAUGGUAUUGGGUUUUAUUUUCACUCAUGUUUCCAAUUAUGAUUUUUAUUACCAUUUUAGUGGCUGUCUAUCUAUUGAAGAAACAUCAGGAACGUCAAGCAUUGGUUGGAAGUGGAUACAAGUUUGUUCAGGGAGAUAUUCGAUAUACCUUGUGGACAGUGAGUGCAUAUCCAUUACUUGCUGGAUUUUCUGGAAUGUUGGCUGGCUUACUUGGAGUUGGUGGUGGAAUGAUCAAGGGACCAUUGUUGUUGGCCUUGGGUGUGGAUCCUUUGGUGGCCUCUGCAACAGCGUCCUUUAUGAUUUUAUUCACAGCUUCGAUUUCAUCGAUUCAGUUUGUCAUUUUGGGAACGUUGCCACUCGAUUAUGGAUUGUGGUUCUUUGUGUUUGGUUUGUUGGCUGGAAUGGUUGGACAGAUUUUGCUGCACUUUGUGUUUGCAAAGAAACGAAAAUCAUUGGUGGUGUUUUGUGUGGCUUUGAUUAUUUUCGUUUCAACGUUGUGUAUGACUGGUUUUGGAAUUUAUAAUGCGGUGGUGAGACUUCAGAAUAACAUGUAUAUGGGUUUCCACUCACCAUGUUAA